AAAACCCAAAUCGCCACACCUUGUUUCUCCGAUUCCCGUUGUUGCUUAUGGCGACCUGACUCGUUAUUGCGGCCGUGGUAAGGUUCUACUCUGUUCCCCAUAGGAGUGUAGUCUGCUUCCUAUGCACACAAUAAGCAGCGCCGGCUGCGGUUGUAUUUUUUCUGCUGCUACUUCUACUGCUUCUAUUAGAAUGACUGGCAACGCAUCUUUCAAAGCCGGAUGUCGUCACUCCCAAGUGGAAAGAGAAACAGUGCUGUUUUCGAGUUAUACUAACGCGGGCAUACACAGCCAGGAAUACUAGAGAUCAUCGUCGGGCCCAUAGAUUGUUGUUCGUAGUCCCUCCGAGACAAACGAUCAUCGCGGUAGUCGGCUUCGUGUGGUUGCCUCAAUUCCCCUCGUGAUAAUAUUGCAUUAGCGCCAGUCUGGCCAACUAGACGAUUCACGGCAAGAUACGCUCACGCUCUUAGGAGCAAAACCACGAGAACGUCACCAAAUGUUGUUACUUUUGUGGUUACCUUCUGGUGACUUUGGCGGUUAGAAACAAAUAACCGUUUUCAAGUAAUCUGACUAGCUAAUAUGCAUUAAUCAGACGAUUGGAUAACGAGCUGGAACUGAUGUACAGCACAUGUCCUGACAGUGGCAGUCCAAUAAAAUGGUGGCGACCGCUAUUCUAGCAACGCCUAGGAACCGCCUAGGCUUUAUUGGUUGGUCCGACAGAAGAGGUGUAAGUCUCUUGAUCGUCACGACAGGGAUUCUCAGUUCGGUUAAAUGGGAGCGAGCGUGGAAAGGCGGAGGCCGGCUUGCGCGGCGAGCCCGGUCCUUCAAACAGGAACUUGUCGGGAGGAUCAACCAGCUGCGCAGUCCAGGUAACCUCCGACACCAGCCUCCAGCAUUAGGCCACAAUUCUAGUAAGGACGGUUCGGGACACCAUUUAGGCGACGGCGCAUACGCUGGAGAUUCUGGACACUUGCAUCGUCUCACCGACUCUUCUAUCGAAGAACAACCUCAUUACGAUGCUGCACAAAAGGAGGCAGCAUCGAUAUCUCGUGAUCUUCGGGAUGUCCAAAAUGCUUGCGGCUACUUCAAGGAUUGUGUGGCCAAAGGUAUACUGGACAUGGUACCGGGAAGUGCAUCAGUAGUACUCGAAACCGUAAUACACUUACUAACGUUACUCAAAAAAAAGAACUUUGCAAGCGAUGACAGUUCGGUGUUACAAUCACGCACGAAUCGAGUGCACGGUUGCUUGUCUGAGCUGCUUGAAUGGGCCGACAAUGUGAUGCUGCGCAGGGAGGAAGCCUCUCUUUUAGCAGCCCAAAAGAUCAUUCUUUCUCUUCAGGGGGCGUUAUCAGCUCUUGUAGAGUAUUAUGGCACUAAAGACUGCAACAAUGGGAGAGCUUCUGGCGCUGGUGCAGUUGGUACUGCGCGUAAGCUCACUUCGAGACCCGCAACGGCCAACGGGCUCUGUCACAGCAAAAGUGAAUGUGCUAACAUUUCAGUAAACUCCCUCCCGGAUAUCCCAUUGACCCCCCGUGAACGCGAAAUUCUCUCUUCAACCCCUGGUGCCGGUCCUCACGGAAUGUCUUCCUCAACGGACGAUAUUCUAACCCCACCACCGAAACCACCAUUGCCAUUUGCAUCGCUGGACUCGAUCGACUCAACUGUUCCACCACUUCCGCCAAAAAAGCGAUCCACUUCAAAGGCGUUUCUUGAAGCGCCAUCAUUUUCCUCAUCAUUUAACGAUUGGCUUUCACCACUUUCAUCACCAUUGUCGCAAUCACGAGCAUCUAGCGUCGAUUGCAUAGACCGCUCGGAAGAUGACCUUUGGAGUAGCCUACCAAACAGUUUUGGCGAGAUGGGAUCGCACAAUCCAAAUUUGAGCUUUACAUUUAGCUCUGUUCAGACGACGAUGGUGAAAAAGUCUUCGACGACGACCAAGAUGUGUAGAAGCGAUUCGAUUGAACAUCUGAUCUCUCAAGAACUCAACGAAAGUGGUGCCUCGUUCUCAACGGUCACUACUUUGCAGAAUGGUCAGACACAAACUAAAAACUCACUUACAACUUAUAACAGGACGGACCAAUUGGAGGACAUUCCUCCCGCACUACCGGCGAAACAGAGACGUACGCCGGGCGAAAGUCCAGCCGCGGUCGGUGGUCGGCUCCCACGAGUACCCUCGCAGUAUGACAAUGUCUUACCGCCACUAACGAACGAAGUAGCCGAUGAAAUCACUAGAAAACUAGAACGAGUGCAACUCAGAAAUAAUCCCCGUCAAACAUCGUCGAUGUCCCAACCAUUAAGUGAAGUGCCACCUCCACUGCCACCGAAACGGCGAACCAUUCAGGCAUAUAUGCAGACAUUUGGGCCGAUACCAGUUCCAUCGGAAGGAACGCUCAAUGUCGUGAUACCAGCUGGCAAACAAAUGAUGUCGCGGGUCGAGCGUAUGGAAAUAUUCUGGGAUGGAUCACUUGCUGGUCAACGGCCAAAAGAGGAACAAUUUGAGCAGGGAUCACCGCCAGCACUUCCACCGAAACGGCGGCUAGAUAAGGAAAACCCAUCCGGUACAUCAACACCAUUACCAUCUGUCAUUUGUACAUCAACUAACAGUUUAUCUCCACUGUCGUCUAGUACUGCAGGCCUAAUCAUCGAAGAGACUGCAAGCAUACCGAACACGACAGCUACGCCACUUGAUAGUCACGUGAACGACUCAGAGAAUUGCGGGAGUGUCAGUGGGGUCCCUGUUGUCGUCGAGGUCGAGUGUCCCCACAAAGAAGAGGAUAGCGGCGUUGUGGAUAACAGUGCGCCUAACUCUAAGGAAAAUACUCCUCCGUCGAGCCUUGCUACAACUCUCCAGGAAUCGUCUUUGUUAGGCUCGACGGUGUCAGGUCCUGUGGCUAGUGGCGGCAGCGGCUCUGGCGUUAGCGGGCCAGUAAGUGUUGACAUUAUGGAAUGCAUUGAAGUUGAGCCAUUCCUUGUGUUUUCCGACUCCAAGGAUGACGUCCUUCGUGGCCUCAAAGGGGGCCCGCCGGACGCAUUACUUGUCUAUGCCACCAAGACUACUGAUGACAAAGGCCGGGACUUUGUAGUGCAAGAGACUUUCCUCACGACCUAUCGUUCGUUCAUCCCUGCCCAGACUUUGGUCGAAAAACUCAUCUCGAGGUACGACUGCCUCAUCCAGUUCAGUAGCGAUCCGGUGCGUUUGAAGUACGCGCGCAACUCGUUUAGUCUCCUGGUCCGUGUAGUGGAUGACCUCUGUUUGAGUGAUGCUACUGACGAGCUGCUUAUCGCGCUCACACACUUUACGCACACGUUACUGCUGCGUGGAGAUCUUAGUCUGGCAAGGGCGUUACGUCAGAAAGUCGUGGAGAAGCAUAGUGCUCGACAACGUGCGCAGGAGUGCGUCCUUUACGCGAAUCUAAAGGGUGUAGUCCUCUCUCGAGGUAACACACUACUUUCGUUCAAAUCGGAGGCCCUGGCGCAGCAGAUGACCUUACUCGACAACGAGCUGUUCCAGAAGAUCGACAUCCCCGAGGUACUUAUCUGGGCAAAACAGCAAAAUGAAGAGCGCAGCCCAAACCUGACCCGUUUCACCGAACACUUCAAUAAUAUGAGCUAUUGGGCUCGUAGUUGCGUUCUUCAGCAGACCGAUCAGCGAGAACGUGAGAGGUGUGUAAUAAAGUUCCUGAAGAUGAUGAAGGCGCUCCGACGGUUGAACAACUUUAACUCCUACUUGGCGUUGCUGUCAGCUCUGGACUCCGCACCUUUGAGACGUCUGGACUGGCAGAGGGCCAUAGUCGAGGGGCUGAGAGAGUUCUCCGUGCUCAUCGACUCUAGCUCGUCUUUCCGAGCCUACCGACAGGCUGUUGCUGAAACACAGCCUCCCUGUAUACCCUAUAUUGGCCUGAUUCUUCAAGACCUUACAUUUGUCCAUGUGGGCAACACCGACUACAUCGAAUCGAACGGAACGCAGAUCAUAAACUUCUUCAAGUGCUGGCAACAAUACAAUAUUCUCGAACCUAUGAGGAAGUUCAAGAAGAAGCCGUAUAAUAUUCGGCGUAACGACGAAAUUAUUGAUUUCUUUAAUAACUUCGAAGACUAUCUGUCCGAGGAAGCUAUGUGGCAAAUUUCGGAGACAAUCAAACCUCGAGGCAAGAAGUAACCGAUCAUUGAAACCCGUCCACCUCUGAAAACCCGUGCGUCGUCUGGACAAAGUGACAAGUAUGUGUGAUUAAGUUUCAGCGAAACGCAUCGCGUGACUCAUAUCUACAUGUAUACCCGAUAUCUACAUGUAUACCCGUAUGGCUAGUUGUCCUACUGCAAAGUUCGAUAUACGUCGACAAGAAACUGCCGAACUGAGAAAACGGCUUUGAGAUGAUGAUCACGGAAAAGUAUACGAUUCUGAACAGUCAGAUCUGAUACGCGUACGUUUGUGCGGUGCAAGACCUUCUCUCGAGAAGAACGAGGUGCGAAAGUUGUCGGAACAAGUGAUAACGAGGGCCGCCACCACCAUACUGUCAAAACAUAAUGUAAUACAACAAAAAAAAACAAGUAUUAUUACUACUACAAACAAACAAAACCAGAAUAUAACGCGAAUCAGAGACAAAACGAGAAAAUCUAAGGGAAACGACCUACAUACAUACACCGACACCUAUUUAUAUAGGCAAUAUAAUCUAAACAUAUGAGGCUCAGCCCACGCCUACAAUACGCAUUAUAUAUAUAUAUAUAUAUAUAUAUAUUUCAGUACAGAAUAAUCUAGACAAAAAGGGGAGUUGAAAGAGGGAAAAGAAAAGAGAGAAGGAAAAGAAGAAUAUAGGGGGCUGGAGGUGGCCAGAGCUACUCUAUAUAUUUUGUUAGCAGCAGGCCGGUAAGGUGCGGUGCUAGAGGCCACAUAAGCUAAUUAUAUAUACACACGUAAGACUAUAUAUAUAGUGUACGAGGAUAACAGAGAGAGAGCGUUAUUGCUAUUAAUACUACUAAACCGAUCGCACUAUCCGUACUACUAAAGACCGUAACAUACUAAGGCACGUGGUCGCAUGCGGCACUCACAUUGAAAUGGUGAAAAUAUGCUGCUGAUAGUGACGAACAGAAAUAGAUAAUGAUAGAGACAAGGGGACGUGCAUGUAAGUGAUUAUAUUUAGCCUAAUUAAAAGGCGAUAAAGUCGAAUAGGUCGGUUGUUUGGGCGUUGUCCCUAAGUUUGUUUAGCAGCUUUGCUAGCACGGAUCGCCUCGUCAAUGAUGAUAUGUGUAUCCUUGUGGUGAUAGUUGGCGCUGCAGCUUUACUGUGCUUCAUUUCUGCUGCUGCUGUUUUCUGUUGACUGCGUGGCCCUUGAAAGAGGCUCGCUUAAUUGGUAGUGUGAAUUGACAAAGAAUAUUGCGGCGUUGCAUUUCGACGGUAAUAGAAAAAUAGUACAGCGUCGCAUCGGUGAACUAAGCCUACGCAGCAAAGGUCAGCUGGAGUAGGUCAAUUUGUUCAGAUUUUAGCGUUAUUUUGUAAAACGACAAAAAUCAUUUUAUUUGGCAUGGCACAAGCAUUGUAUUUGGCGGAAUUCGUAUCUGUUCCCACGUUUAAGUUAAUCAAGUUUCAUGAUCUCGUGCAAUAAGAUAAACUAAUGAAUGCCCAUAUUAUUAACGUCAUCAGUAUCAUACAUCUUGCAGAAAAUUGCAUAAAAGGCCAAAAGAUAAUUGUCACCUCAGUAAUGACAGAAUUGACAUUAUUAUGUAAAACAAUUUAACUCCACCUGUCUAUUGAGCAAACUUAGUUUAGGUUCAUUUUUAGAGAUUAAAAAUGUAACAUGUGCGUGUUAUUUUACCAACAAACUUGUCUACUACACAAACGACUGAAUGCAUGUAAGUUUUUAUCACGUUCCCUUUUUAGUUUAGUUAGUUUAUUACUACCACUAAUGAUCAAACCUGACGUGAGCUUUGUUUUUCGCGAACGUUUUUACCGUCUUUAAUUGACUGCUAUACAGUCGAGGCGAGGACUAGACGAGGCCCUUUCGGCGUCGUAGGUGGGUCCUGCCAAAACCGUCGCCCCUGUUCUAAGGGGACGAAGCUUUAGCGUGUAAUUAAUAGGCAAAGCACUUAUUGGCUGAGUCUUUGAGUAGACAGAUUAUGACGAAUGAGGCGUUUCGUCGGAAUCUACUGGCGGACCUGACAGAGUCGCGGAUUGGAAUAAGAACAAAAAAAGCCGGCCUAUUGCAAAAACAUGUAUCAUUGUUGCCCAACAAUGCCGCCGACACAGUCAGGUACACUCAUAUGGUCCGGUAGCCGGAGGUAUCGCUGUGCCUGUUUGCAGUGCAAUCUGUGCUUAUUUUCGAUGAUAAUGUACUGCUAUAGUAACACUAAUCAACACAAUACAAGACUAAUUUAGUAAUGUACAAAAGCACAGACGCCACGUACACGUACAUGUACGCACACAUGACUCCUCAGAACAUUACGUUCACAGUACGACUAACGCAGGUGAUGAAUUAGAGGAAGGGACAGCGCGGAAGCGAUCUACGAACGAUGUUCACUGGCCAAAUUUUGCUACUUGUACAUCGUUCUAGGAGAGGCCUCGAGGCACCGGCUAGCGAAUGAAGAACUAUUACGGUAGCAUUAUAUUAUUGUUAUUAGCAUGAUUCUUAUUGAGCGUAGGCCGUUUUCGUUAUGCGCAGCGCAGUGUAUGCAUGCGUAUGAUCUAUGAGCGGCAAUUUAGUCAGAGGCGAAAUGGCGAACUAAAUUGUGCGUCAAUCUGUUGUGAAAACGAGACAGGUAGGGUCGUUCGUAUGUUAGAGCGCUUCCGCAUGCUCAAGUAUGCUGGAAAGCGUCUGCAUAACGUAUGUAUGGGCUUGUGAACGUGUGCUGUUCUCGGUGCGAAUACGCAGGUGUCAUACGUGACAGCCCCGGAUGCUUGCCCGUGUCUCUUCUUAACAUUUUCCGAGUAUUGUUAUUGAAAUACGGUUCUAAUUGUGGCUUUGUUUUGGUUGUUGUUGUUGCAAUAAAAACUGUUGUCCUUUGUAAUUAUUAUCACAUGUUUAAAGCUACCCACAAGUGUUAGACUCACCAAAGAAAGAGGCUUCAGUGUAACUGUGUUAACAAUUUCCAGUAGAACAACUUUAGACCGUCGUCACCCUCUCUGCCUUUACCAUUCUAGGAUCCACUACGUCAACUCAGGCAAUCGUGUGAUUACUACUAUUAGAACACCGACAAUGGCAACAACAGGUAUUUUUCCCGUAGCUUUCUGAAACUGGAGUUGUAAUCUAGCGCGUCGAAUGUAAUUUGUUUUCAACAAUAUUUAGAGACUAAUUACAUAACACAAGAGCUGCAGAAAGGACACGGAAACUCCGGGCGAAAGCAACGAUCUUAUACUUGCAUCGUACCAUAUGAAUAUAUAUUCGAAUACAUACCGCAAGAUCAAAUACCCAUACACACAUAUUACACGUAUAUCUACUCUAACCAUACAUACAGUGCAUACUAUAUAGAUACUAAUAGUUAUAUGAUCACAUGCUGGUCUAUCAUUGAGGUAUUUAUAUUCUACACAUUUAGGGCAGAAGUUUCGUACAACGAGAUGUUUAUCCUGUUCUUUUCUUCGGAAGGUAUUUGGUGGUACAGACGCCUCACGGUACAUGGCAUUUUGUUUUUGCCCCGUGUUGUGUUGUCAGCAGACGAAAAGUCACACGGCAAACUCAAUUCGAGUGCAAUGCCUCAACAUAACGGCUACACUUAGGAAGAAUAGAAAAACAGUAGUAGUGAUUACUAUUAUUACAGAUUACGCGAAUGGUGGUGAUAGAAAAAGAUUAGUUUCAUGCGCAAUGAGUUUGUAGCUUAUUGGGCCAUUAUGAAUGGCCCACAAGCCUUUGUAGGCGAUAAAAGCGCAUCAGACUUUAAUAUAUUUAACGCUAAUUAUUACAACUGUGAAUGUAAUAUAUAAACACACAGAGAAUCAUAUACGAUGCGAAUAAAGCUAUUCUAUUUUGGAAUGAUAGGCGGCCAUUCAAAAUAAUUAGUUUCUUAUUGUUCGGAAAAAAAUCGAGGAAAUUUAUUUCGACAAUUUGACGAGCCUUGACAAGAUGACUGAGCGUUAAAAAGAAAAAUUUAACGUUGCUUUUAUAUUUUACCAAUUGCAUCUAUACUUGCCGGCGAUUCACAAAUAGAUUUGAAUUUUUUUCUACUCCGUGUGGUACGUUUUUCAUGAAGUUGGAUUUUUCGAAAUAAUUCGGGUGUUUCGAAAUUGUUGCUUACUAAAUGUUCGUUUCGUUAGCAGAUGAAUUAAGCGUGAAUUUUAGAGUGACAAAUCUACACGAAGUUGUUUACUGCACAUUUAUACAAUCAAUACGUUGCUGCCGAUAAUGGAAGAGAUUUUGUCCGACAGACAAUUAUAACAGGGAGGAAUUAUUAGUCAAAGGAAUAACAAAUCGCUCUUUUCUACUGCGUGAGAACCAAAAUGCAACAAAAACGGCGAAAUAUGGCAAAUACAUGAAUCAUAUGCGAUACAUGACAGCCAGGAUGCAACAACUGAGGGUGAGACAUGACAAUGAGACACAACACAGAAAGUGACGUAAGUGCUAAUGAAUGAAUGUACUUAAAGGAAAAUCUCUAUGUAUCAAAGUAGGCUACCAUUGUACUUGUACCUUUGUGUAUAUAAAUAUAUAACUGAAGAACCGAUGAAAUAAAAUGCUAAAUUAAGAAUACUCCUA